UUUGAAGACAGCGGCUUAACGUCAUAACAUAAACCCUUUUGGCGGGAGCUUUACUUUCCUCUCUAUACGUCGCCUUACUAGUGUGGGUUCAGAAAUGUCUACUUUGAAGCAAAUUUUCACAGACUGUCAGCAAACAGCAGCAACUCACCCCAAGCUGGUGAAGGCCUUGAUCAAGAUUUAUUUGAAGAGUGACCUCAGUGAGUUUCUGGCAGCAUUUACAAGCUUAUUGAAAAAGUCCUUAAUUCAUGGAGACAAACAGCCUUCAGUUGAGAGAACUCUGAACUUUGUGGCAAAAUUUGCUACUACUAAAAAGACUGAACAAGAAAAAAAAGGUGAAGACAGAGAUCAGGACGAUGAAAAUGAUAAUGAAGAGGAAGAAGCAGAUCCAUUCCUGGUUCACCUGAUUUUGUUUCUCUUGGAUAACCAUGAGGCUAAUAGCCAAGCUGUUCGCUAUCGUGUUUGUCAGCUGAUUAAUAAACUUCUCAACCACAUGGGUGAAGAAGCAGUUAUUGAUGAUGAUUUGUACAACAACAUCUAUGACACCAUGCUACAUCGCCUUCAGGACAAAGUGCCACUAGUGAGAGUGCAGGCUGUAUUAGCUUUAGCUCGCCUACAAGAUCCCCGUAACAAAGAAUGUCCAGUUAUAAAAGCUUACCGUUAUCAUAUGUGCAUGGACCCAAAUCCUGAUGUUCGACGUGCUGUUCUGUCAAACAUAGCCAUCACAUUCCAAACUUUACCUGAUAUUCUGGAGCGUACCCGUGAUGUCAGGGACCUGGUUCGGCGCCAGGCUUACAUGGAAAUCUCCCAGAAGGUGCACUUGAGAUCCUUGACAAUUGCCCAGCGGUUGCGACUGAUCUCAGAAGGACUGAAGGAUCGUAAUGUAAUGGUACGGUCCUGUGUAGAAAAAAAUCUUAUACCAUCUUGGCUACGGAUGGUGAAUGGAAAUGUUUUAAAUCUUCUUGCUUGUCUAGAUGUUGAGGCCUCUGUUUCUGAAGCAGAGUUGGCUCUCAAAACCAUAUUUCGUGAUGUUCCUUUUGCUGAUCUAAUUGACAACUUUGGACUUACUAAAAAAACACGUGUGGUGAACCCAGAAGACCUCCGUCCCGAGUCUGCUAUAUAUUGGCGUUGUCUUGCUCAGCAUCUAAGGAAUGAGGGUGCUGAGGAAGCCUUAGACUCGGUACUUCCUGAGUUGACGCAUUUCUGCUCAUAUGUGCAUGACUAUGUGAUGAUGGAAGUAUUGGAGAUUGGAAGUGAAGAAGAGACAGCUGUUCGAUGUAUGGAGAAAGAGUUUGUCACCAAUCAGCUUGCUGAAAUGACCAUGCUUUAUGACCUUGCUGAUGAGGUUGGGCGUCGUUCCUUGGAUCAGCUAGUGAGAACACUGCUGGUAUCAGACAAAGUGGGCGAGUUCCUAAUGAAGGUACUAGUUGAAGUGUUUGGAAAGUUAUAUCCUCCCACAACCAGAAUCAACCAGUUAGCUGAGAUAAUUUCUGAGGUGCGGGAGCCUGUUUGCAAGUCAGUCCCACGAAUAUUGACUGAUGAGGAAAAGCGAAACAGAAAGUUACAGGUUGCUCGUUUGAAAGUGAAGAUUAACCAGCUGCGAGAAGAGGUAGAAGAAUGUGUACGGAGCCUAGACCUAACGAGAGCUCAGGUGCUCAAGGAGGCACUGGAAGAUGCUAUUAAAGAAGAAUCUCUCAUUGACUUAGAGUCCACAAUAUCAGAGGAGGUUCAAGAGGAGCGCAAAGAUCCUGCCACUCUUAGUAAAUGUCUAAAGAUUGUUUGUCAUAUGAUAGAGUCUCCUGAGUUGACAGUGAUGACUCCUACCCUUCACUCCCUUCAUGAAAAUCUAAUUCUGCUGUGCCUGCGGUCAGAGGAUCCUACUGUCAGAAACCAGGGUGUCCAGGCAUUAGGACUCUGCUGUCUUCUCUCUAAGGACCUUGCUCAUCAACAUCUUAUUCUGUUUAUGCAGAUUUCUCGAAUUGAUGUAGAACAGAUUCAACUGACGGCUUUACGGUGUGUCAUCGACAUGCUCCAUCUUUAUGGACUAGAAGAGUUUACUCAGGCAGUUGAAGAUAUAAACGAUGUAAACUGGAACUUGCCUUCUAAAGAAAAAGAUAAAGAAGAAGAAUAUGAAGGUGAAGGUGGUGUCAUCAUAUCGGUUCUUUGUCAAAUGAUGGAUGCUGACAGUGUUGACGUGCAAACUCUUGCAGCAGAAGGUCUUUGUAAACUGUUGCUCUCCUGUCGUAUUACUUCCUCCAAGCUAAUAUCUCGUCUCAUCCUCAAGUGGUAUCAUCCAGUUACAGAUAAUGACAGUUUGAUGAGGCACAUGCUUGGGGUAUUCUUCUCUCUGUAUGCAUCAUAUGGGGGCAGUAACCAAGAAAGUUUAAGUGAAGCUGUGUUGCCAACACUACACACACUCUUCAAUGCUCCUUCACGCUCACCCCUCAGAGAUGUUGAUGUGGAUGAUGUGGCAAAUUUCUUGGUUUCUAUAACCAGUCCAUCUAUUGUUGUCGAUAAAACAAAUACUGUUAAUGCCCAUGAUACAUUGGUGUUUACAUUGUGUACUGAAAUAUUGGCCUUCUCUGAAGGCAGUUGGACGAAGGUACUUAUCCGCUGUCUAAAUCAUCUCCAACUUACCUCGACCAACUUUUCCUUGUUGCGACAAGUUGAUGUCUUGGCUGGUAAGAUGAUAAAGCGUGUGAUUGAGAAAGUAAGCUUGAAUGCUAUAAAGCGUUUCCAGGCAUCCAUUCAGAAUUUGUUAAAAAAUGCCCCUGAGAUUGAUCCUGAAUCUCAGGAAGAGAAAAGAGAUGACACUGUUGCCAUGGCAGUAGAUGAAACAAGCUCUCCACUAGGUUCCACUUCUAUGAAUAAGACAUUGGAAUCUACAAUGGUUAGAAAAAAGAGAGCAUUAUACAACACCCUCAUUAUGUCUGACCCAGAAGUAUUUUCUGGAGAGGAGUCUGAAUCUGAAGGCAGCCCAAACAAACGCUUGGCCCGUAGUCCCUCAAGCAUUCAGUUGGACCAGGAAUCAAUUCAGUCAAAUUCUCCACAGGUGCCUAAUACUCAGAACAAUAAUGAGCAAGUUAAAGAUUCUUCUGUCAGAACUCUGCACUUUGAAUGCACUGAGGUGGAAUUAAUCCCAGAAGUCAGCCAGAAUAAUAAUGCUGAAAGCCCAGAUUUAUUUGAGUCACUUGGCAGCAGUUCUCCUCAGCCAGUCAGUGAACAAUGUGGGAACACACAAAACCAAGAAGAAAGUGAUGAAUUAGCAGAAACUUCCACAUUAUUAGGGCCUUUUGUAGCACUUGAAAUUGAUAGCAGUUCCUCUGUGUCCAGUGGUAAGAGAAGAAGCAAGCAUGAAUCAUCAACUGGAGAUUCCAGAGAAGAGGAGACAAUAUCACCAUCUAAAGUUUCUCGCAUGUCUCGGAUGUUGAAUGAUCGUCAAAAAAGAGUCGGUCGUAAGUCAAGCAAGUCAUCUGACUUUAGCCAACCAUCUCCUGACAAAAUCACCUGCUUGGAGGUCUUGGAUACAUCCGAAGAUUCCAGCUCCUAUUCAGGCUAUGCAACUCCACCAUCUAGAGUGACACGUAAUAGAUUAUCCACCCUCUCUGCUGAAAAAUCUCCAUCAUCUGACUCUAAGCAGUCGACUCCAGUUAAUAGAAGCAGAAAAAAAUUUAAUUCUUCUGAGCUGACCCCUACAAGUGAAGACUCCUCACAGUCACGUCGGAGUGCAAGAAUCACUCGUCAAAAGGAAUCUUCGAAUUUGAAAAUCCGGACGAGUGCCAAGAAUAGUUCAAAGGCUUCAACUACAAGCGAGGAUACAACACCUGUUCGCAGGUCUGCAAGAAUUGAGUCCAGUUCAACAAGCACUGGGUCAAACAAAACUCCAAAUGAUCGCCGAUCUAGCCGCUUAUCAUCUAGCAAAAACACUAGCAAGCAGCCAGGCAGACCUAGGAAGUAAAUUAUUGUGUCAUGAAAUUACCCUCAACCUCCAAACUCUUGCUCCCAUUAGUUUUAGCUGCAGUUAAAGCUUUCAACAUUACUCACAAAGGAUCUUGUAAGCUUUAACUGUAAUCAGACAUAUCUAAGUUGACACAAAACAAUGGUGUUCUCUCUCACAUUCAGAUUUACUUUAUAGAGAGGUCGGUUUCAGGAAGUCAGAGAAAAUGGGAAAACGGAGGACUCGGGCAUCUUGAAGCGAUGAGAAAACUGAUGCAUCAGAUGGGAGACUCGAUAAAGAAGGCAUGCUACAUGUUUUGUGGGCUAUUGAGCGUAAUAUGAAUCGUGUGAUUUUACGAUAACUGACAUGUACGACCGUGGUCAUUACAAUAUAUAUAUACUAUAUAUGAAGGACAUACCUUUUCAUCCUUCGGUAGUCCCUUCCAGAUCUUUCCCAAACAUUUGUUUAGUUUAGUUGAAUAAACAUCAUUAUAUUUAUGCCCAUUAAAGUUUAUACAGGAGUCUGCAACCCGGAUUUUGAUCACUGGUACAGGCAUUUGUAAAUUUGUCGUAAAGGGUUGAAGUAACAAAUUGGUUCAUUAUAUUUUGAAUAAAUCUGAUGUACAUAAAGUAGUUUCAUUAAA